CUGCAAUGGCAUCGAUCGGGGAGUUUGAUCCGUUAAACAGCAGCGUACCUGCCACUAAAAUAGAGAUCACCGUCUCGUGCAGGAGUUUGCUGGAUGUUGAUACAUUUUCAAGGUCAGCACCGGUUGUUGUGUUGUACGUUCAAGGGAUUGGUACUAAAGAGUGGAGAGAGUUUGGACGAACAGAAGUGAUUGAAAACACUCUCAACCCGGACUUUGUGAGGAAAUUUGUCUUGGAUUACUUCUUCGAAGAAAAGCAGAACCUUCGGUUUGACGUAUACAAUGUGGACUCUAGAAGUUCAAACAUCUCGAAACAUUCCUUCCUCGGCCAGACUUUCUGCACUCUUGGAGAGAUUAUUGGGUCCUCUGGGGCAAGGCUGGAGCGGGUGCUAUCGGGUAUUCCAGGGAAAAAAUGUGGGAACAUUAUCUUCACAGCCGAGGAACUCAGCAAUUGCCGGGACAUUGCAACCAUGCAACUCUGUGCUAACAAGUUGGAUAAGAAGGAUUUCUUCGGGAAGUCUGAUCCCUUCUUGGUGUUUUACCGAAGCAAUGAAGAUGGCACGUUUACUAUCUGUCACAAAACAGAGGUGAUAAAGAAUACACUAAAUCCUGUAUGGCAGCCCUUCACCAUCCCAGUGCGAGCUCUCUGUAAUGGAGACUAUGAUAGAACAGUGAAGAUUGAUGUUUAUGACUGGGACCGAGAUGGAAGUCAUGACUUCAUCGGCGAAUUUACCACCAGCUACAGGGAACUGUCUCGUGGACAGAGUCAAUUCAAUGUCUAUGAGGUCUUGAAUCCUAAGAAGAAGGGGAGGAAAAAGAAAUACGUCAACUCUGGCACGGUAACACUUUUGUCCUUCAAAGUGGAAUCCGAGUACACAUUUGUGGACUUCAUUCGGGGCGGAACACAGCUCAACUUCACAGUAGCCAUAGACUUCACUGCGUCUAAUGGAAACCCAUCACAGCCAACAUCACUCCAUUACAUGAACCCGUAUCAGCUGAAUGCAUACGCCAUGGCCCUUAAAGCUGUGGGGGAAAUUGUCCAGGAUUAUGACAGUGACAAACUCUUCCCUGCCUACGGCUUUGGGGCUAAACUCCCUCCCGAUGACAAGAUCUCUCAUGCCUUUCCCCUCAACUCAGACUGUGAGAAUGCAAACUGUGUUGGCAUCGAAGGCGUGCUGGAGGCAUAUUAUGACUGUCUCCGGAAAGUGCAGCUCUACGGACCAACCAACUUUGCCCCUGUCAUCAACCAGGUGGCACAGAGUGCAGCAGAGGUGACAGAUGGCUCUCAGUACUUUGUGUUGCUGAUCAUCACAGACGGAGUCAUUUCCGAUAUGGUGCAGACUCGAGAAGCCGUGGUCACCGCUGCGUCCCUGCCCAUGUCCAUCAUAAUUGUGGGAGUUGGCCCUGCUGAAUUUGAUGCUAUGGAAGAGCUGGAUGGAGACGAGGUCAGAGUGUCCUCAAGGGGACGUGUUGCAGAGCGAGACAUUGUCCAGUUUGUGCCGUUCCGUGACUACAUCGACCGAUCUGGGAAUCAGGUGCUCAGUAUGGCCCGACUAGCCAAGGAUGUACUGGCUGAGAUUCCUGACCAGCUGCUGUCGUUCAUGAAAAGCAGAAGCAUCGAACCCAGACCAGCCCUCUCAUCCUCUACCACACCACAGAUAAACGUCCACCUCUGAUCCUAAAUCAGUUUUUACCUAAUACCGCAAUCACAGCUAUAUGUCCAUGUCUUACCUCCAGUCAGUCACUGGGGAUGCACAUCACAUUAGUUAGCAGUAGCACAUUAUGUAGUUACACAACAAUACAUGAAAAUCAGGAACAUGGUAUUGUAAGUGUGUUAUGUUACACCUAAUAGUCAGCCAGUGAUCACUUAAUUAACAUAGUAGUUUUUGCUUGCUUGAAACAUAAGCUGUGGAGGUACUGGGAAGGUGAAUCACAUGAAAACUGCAGAGAAAUGUCCAGGUAAUAUUUCACCCCAAUUUCGGAAAAAUAAAUUAUUAGGGCUGUCAAUUAGGGCUGAGAAACUAAAUGUAAUUACUAUUCAAAAACAUAUAUCAGGUAGGGGAAGAAAGCUGCAAGACAUCUGAUUUUUAAAUUAAAUUAAAGUAAAGAGGGCGCAAAAAAUCAAUAUAACCCAAACAACAUAGUGUUAUAGUUAUUGUUUUUUCAAAGAACAUAUCUUAAUAUUAUCAAAAAUGCGUAAAAUGCUACACUCAAAAUAUUUAGCCAGUUCAUAUUCUCAAAUCUUAAGUAAAAAAUGUAAACAAGAAAAGAAACUUGUCAAUUGACGGUUCUGUUAACUUGGUGUUGCACAGUAAUCUACACCGUUGCAAUGGUACUACCAUGGACUUAAGCUUUAUAAUAGCAGCAGUACACAGUGUUUUUCAUUAAAUAUAGUUGUAUGUACUUACCUAAUGCUUAUGCAGCGAAAUGCUGAUAAGAGACCAAGACACAAUGGCCAAAGACCUUCAUCAAAGGGGGCAGUUAACUCCGAGCGCGUCUUCGUGUCUGUCUUUGUCCAUGUAAGCAUGGGUCCCACGCAGGAGCACUGCUCUGUCAGAUUUUAAAAGAAAUUCAACCUUUAAAACGCGUAUUGAGACACUCGCAUUCUGUUUCAUUUGGUUUGGUUUUAGCCCAUGCGAUUUUGCUUGCCACAAAUCCAUAAUUCAAAUACACAUUUUAGCAUUUGAAUUAAAGCUUUCUAUCUUAAAUAUGACAAAUAUUUGAAUUUCGAAUUUUAAUUUGACAGACUUACUGUAGAUUUAACAUGUUCAUUUAGUGCUAUUAAUUAUAUAAAAAAAUAUUGAGUAAAAAAAAAAAUGUUAUUAAUCAUGCUCCCUGACCCGUAUGUCAAUUCUAUAAGUAAAUUAUGUAUUUUACUACCAUUGGAGCAAUUCAAGCUUGAAGUCAGCAAGGGGCAGUCAGCGCACCUCAACAAACCUCACAGGCAGUGCUGCUAUAGGUGCUAGGGUCACAAUUUACACAACUACUUUUAACUUGACACAGCAUCCUAAAAUGUGGGAUUAUGAUGCUGAAAACAGGUGAUACACUGUAGAAACAUCUGUCUGACACGUUACAAAAUUAUAAACAAUUAA